AGAUCCUACAAAAAAUUGAACCGUACUAUUUUAUGGCCAUUUUCUGAGAUACGCGUAGAUCGCCGUACAAGAAUGACGGAUUUUCAGGACAAAGGAAAGGCCUUGGAGCAAAAGCAUCGUGCUUUAGCUUCUCAAGAUUCUAUAUUAGAGCCUAAUAUCAAUCAAGUACUAUCCGACUUUUUGACUCUGGGAGGACGUCCAAUGGAUGUUGUUUCUUGUCUAUCAGAAUCAUAUGUCGGGUUGCCCACGCUUUGCAAUACUGCAGGAGAAUGGGGUAAAGACCUGGGGAUAAACAGUCAAGACUUGAUGAGAGAUGUUAUCAAAGGAAUGCUUUUGGAUCGCUUCGAUUCUGCUGCAGUAGAUACCAAAUUUAUGGGUGCUGAGACUCGACCACAGUGGCUAGAUGCUAUGAUACAAGACCCUUAUUGGCGUAAAAUACUAUAUGAACUCUCUGAAAAGCACCAGAGAUGUGAUCUGUUAAAUCUCGCCAUUCAGAUGAUCGCCGAUGCGGGUUACCAAGGAGAAAUAGUGAAAGUUGCAACAGCAUCAACAUACAUUGGUGUCUUUAAUGACGUUUUGAAGGACUCGCUUGAACGAUUAAUACAGGAAGACGACAUUGGUUUGGAUGAAAAUUUACCAGAUUUAGUCCGCGUUUGCUGUCAACAUGAGCAAACGUACCUCUAUUCACAAAUACUUCUAAAGCGGCUGGCCGAUCAACCAGGCGGAGAAGCAUUUCGUAGAAUUUCUAAAGCUCUAGAAACCAAUGCACUGACAAAGGGAGAUGAUCAUAUGAUAAGCACAUUGCGAACGUACCUUUGGGAGCUGCCACCUGCCUUGACCUCCCCGAUAACAGCCAUCCUGCAGAAUAAGCACGCAUCACCAGGAGAUGUUAUUGCACUUUAUAGGCAGUACACAUCUCCUACUCCUCCAUCAGUCCGAUUUCUAUGUGACUCACAAUUGCUCGAUAUUUUGUUGAAAGCAAUAUUUGUUCCGAAAUCUGGUCAAGCACCGAAACUCGAAAUCCAGGAAAAGAUAAUAUAUCUAAUCGCUUAUGCCGUCACUGUACUUGACACAGAGCCGAAAAAUGGUGAGGAAAUCGCCAGUAUUUGCGAAAAGUUAAAGCUUCUCUCGGUCGCCUUGACUAAGAAGUCAAGCGGCGCAACUUUGUCUGGUGCGAUAGGGACAAUCUUAGAGCUCAUGGACACACCCAUAGUAUCUAUGGCAUUGUUGUACUGGACGUCUUGGCUGUUGACUGAAACGUCUUGGUAUGAAACUUAUUAUCGUUCUGCUGUUGUGCCUGUACCACACCAGAUCCUGGAAGAAAUUGCCUAUCGACAUCCUCUUCAGCGGCCAUUUGUCUUCCAGGUACUUCAAAAUAAUCUGACGGUUGAAGUUAAGAACCUCAGCCCCGAAAUUAUGAUGGCCUUGCGUAGGACUUUAUUGGACCGGAUGAUAUAUCUUGUCCAGCUUGGCUAUGUAUUACCAGUCCUAAAGUACAUCAAGCGCAUCAGCAGCAGCGUUGACGAAAGCUUGAUUGUACAUACCAUAAAAAUGAUCCUGGAUAUGGCCGAAGCUCCAUACUCGAACGAAUUUAUUGACCUGAUUGUUGAAAUUAUCGAACCAAUAGCGGAGUCAUUGGAUAAGGCUAUGGAGGUGAAAACCGUAGUUUGGGAAUUUCUUAAUACUGCGCUGAACAGAGAGGACCCUAUCAACCCCGAUACUAGAGAGAUCAUCAUAUCAUUACAAAGAAGAUUCUAGUUGAUGUUAAUGAAAUAAUGUAUAUAGUUUUGUCCUCUACGUCAAAUGCAUAGGUUAAAAAAAAACCGCUAUAUUACAA